AUGGGGUUUUUUGUCUAUCUGAUGACGUUUAUGGCAAAUACGCUGAGAAAGCUUUUUUAUGGAACCCUAGUGUUAGAAAGAUUGUUAACAUUCCUUGUCCUAAUUUUACUGUAUUCGCAUUUUAUCUUUGAUGAGAUUCGGCCUUUUGUUGAGAUAUACAGUUUGAGAAGUAGGGGUUGGAGAAAGGUUAAAAAAGAUCUGAAAUAUUUCAUCACUGCGCGCUCAACGUCUGCUUUUCUGAAUGGAGCUUGUCAUUGGGUUGCCAAGCGAGGCAAUGGGCCAGGUGUACGGGAUGUGAUUGUGUCGUUUUCUUUGGGAGAAGAGGUGUUUGGGGAAAUGGAGGUACCAGAUUGUUUGGUUAAGAAAUAUCACUUUAUGGAUGUUGCAGUUUUUGAUGGAUCACUUUUGCUGGUUGCUUCUUUUAAAUUGACAGGAGAAGGCUGUUUUACAGUUUGGAUGAUGAAAGAAUAUGGCAUUCCAGGAUCUUGGACCAAACUUUUCAAUAUUUCACAUUUGAAAUGGAUACGAAAGUUAGUUGCAUUUAGGCAAAGUGGUAAGGUUCUAUUGGCAAAAUCAUUUGGAGACCUAGUUUUCUAUGAUCCAAAGACAGAAGAAAUCUUUGAUACAAAAAUUUGGGGCAAUGCACACUCCUUUUAUUUGGAUACUUUUGUGGAGAGUCUUGUUUUACUCGAUGAAACAAAUGAAUUUACUGAAGUGGAAGCUUCUGAGGAUAAUAGCACAAAUGAAAUCUUGGAGGAUGUUGCUUCUAGUUCUAAUUCACAGCUAGUAAUUGAUGAAGCAAUGAAGCAAAUGGUCUCUUGUGCUAGUUUCGACCAGAAGUAG